GCUCUGAUUCGUUGCUGUGUCGAUAAGUACGGUCGAUCAUUGUUAUUUAUUACUUUACCAAACAUCACCUGUAUUUUUUGUCAUUGAAAGUGUUUUUCGAUUGUUCAUGAUCUUAGGAAGUGAAGGCUAUCGUAGGAUUGGACAUGAAUUACCACUACCGCUGGUUCUUGAUUUUUUCGAGUAUUUUCAAUCGAGCUCAAGGUGGCCAAUUAACACAGGAAUCAAGUUCAGCAUUUUUUGUUCGGCAUCAUCCAUUAUCAGCAGGCUACCAAGAUCACGACAAGUUCAUCUUGAAAGACAGGACUGACAAGGACGACGAAUUUGCUUGCCUUACCCUAUGCAAUCAAGAAGAUAACGAUUGCAACGCAGUUUUGUUUGAUGAAAAGAAGUUACGGUGUUAUACCUUUGUUAAAAAAGAGUUGACUAUAGUUACACUUGAAACAACAACAGGAAAGAAAACGUUUUCGUUACCAUCGAGAAGACUGCUCAGAAGAAGUUUGUACAUCAAGGUUCAGUAAGUCCCACACCACAUCUGAUUAUAAACGAAAAUCAUA